AUUCAGAAAUAUCCCCAAAACUCCCACCACUAGUCGUCGUUUCGUUGUCUUGUGGAAAAGUUGGGUUGGCAGUGAUACUUUUUGAUUUAAUUCUUUUCGCGCUGAUUAAUUGCUUUUCUUGAUCUAACCCAACCUCUACGUAUCACCGUUAGCACGGGUGGCACUUGCUGAGCAGGCCCCCGAGAAAUUUAAAAGACUGAAAGCCCCCAAAUAGAAAUAAAAUUGCUGCACCUGCACAGACGUGUCUGUGUGCAUCGCGAUUUCUAAUCACUCUCAAGACUUUCUUCCACAAAAAGUGACCAGAAAAGAGCCCACAAGAGCCCAGCCAUUAAGAAGUGUGCCACUAUUUCGCCCCAAAAACACGCCGUCCACUUAAAUUCCGUAAGCCAGGCAGCAAAAUAGAAUUAAAUAACAGGGGCAAGCGGGAAAGAGACAGAGCACCUGGCGAGUGGCAGGGCGUUUUUUCAGAGUUUCGCUUUUAGUCUGGACAACGACGACGACAAGACCGAAUAACAAUACCCAACAAUGAAUGGACAGCCGCCCAAUGGGGGACCCUCAAAAGUGGACCUGUACAUCACUCAUGUGGAUCAUGUGGGUCCGUAUCUGAAGGUCUACGGCCAGGUAAACCGAGACGCCGCCUUCCUGGUCAGCAAGCGAAUCGAGCAGCUUUUGCCCACAUGCUUUGCCAUAGAGCCCAGUUGGUCAGUGGAGCGCCAGCAGGCUCUUCUCAUGCCCGGCACGUUUUGUGUUUUCAAGAAGACCAAUGGCCCGGCUCCUGGUGAUGUAGAGUACAGGCGGAUACGUGUGGUCAGUGCCGACCUGGAGGGUCAGGUAAUGAGGACUGAGAUCGAGUUCCUGGACUUUGGCUAUAAGCGCACUGUGGAUAGUCAUGAUCUUAUGUUCCCCAAGCAACCCAAGCUGCUGCAGAACAUUCCCCUGCUUUGCUCCCAGUACAUUGUGCUGGGCAUCUGCUCCGAGUGGGAUCAGACCGAUCUGGCUGUGGUUCAGGAUCUGAUUGUCAACCAGACCGUUCAAAUCACCGUUGAUCCCACACAUAUCUGUGACCAAAAGUUCGCCAGUCUUCGCUGGAAGGACUUUGAGCUUAACGAGUUCUUAGUGCAACAAAAACAAAUCGGUGCUCCAGUUGGCAAGCAACUCAUGAUGGACCACUGUAAGAAGCUGUGGAAGGAUACUCCACAGUCGCCGGUUACCGAGUAUAACAACAAUAGUAUACACAACUCAAAGACGCCCACGGAGAUUGCCCGUGAGCAACUCGCGGUGCGAAGAUCCUUGGCUGCUCGCUUGGAUGCACAGCGCUCGGUCCAGGUGACACCACCAAGGCCGCUAAACGCUAAUGCCCCUGACUAUACGCCUAAACAGCUGCCGCUGGUCAAUGUGACCAAUGUACAGGUGCCAAUGCAAGGCCUGAACAAUACUCCGAAAUCGGGAUUUGUAGCGGCACCGUUUGUUCCUUAUAAUCGUGCCAACUAUCAGCCCGCUGUGCCGGCUGCUCAACCAUAUGUGCCCAAGGCGACUCCCCGAUCGCAAUACACCUACUACAAUGUUCGCAUGAACAAACCGAUUACAGCCAUGCCGCCGCCGGCCGGUCCACAUGUGCCCAUUCAGCACUAUAAUCAACAGGCUAACUACGUAUCCCUGAACUAUGUUCCCGCACGGUUCACCCCGCCUCCGACGCCAUCAAUUGCGCAACGGGCGCAGCAAAGCACAAUUCCUGCCUUUAGAACCACAAGCUUAACGGUGGGCCUCACCUACGACGUAGAUAUAAGCUAUGUGGAAAACGGUCCGUACCUAUUCUGGGUGCACCUGAAAAGCAGCGGCGAUAAUCUGAGCGCCAUGAUGGGUCAGAUUGAACGGACGAAGCUCAAGGCGCUCGCUCAGACUCCUGAACUUGGAACUGCCUGCGUAGCCCGCUUCUCAGAAGAUGGACAUCUGUAUCGCGCGAUGGUAAGCGCUGUUUACGCCCAACGUUACCGCGUUGUCUACGUGGACUAUGGAAACUCGGAGCUGUUGUCAACAAGUGAUCUGUUUCAAAUACCCCCCGAACUGUUGGAAAUCAAGCCAUUUGCUUUCCGAUUUGCUUUGGCCGGAACGAAGGAAAUUGAGCCCAUUGACGAAAGCAUGAAGCGAAUUUUCAAGAAGUCCGCCAUUUAUAGGAACUUUGAACUGACUGUACAGGCGCCGGAGAGUGUGGGCUCCAUGCAAACCUGCCAUCUCAACCAGAAUGGCACCAAUAUGCUGGAGCUGCUUAGACAGCUAAAAAAUUCACGGCAGUCCUACAAAAAGGCGGAGCAACUUGAAAACGACGACGCCGUGGAGAUCCGUUUUAUUGAUUCGCCCAGCAACUUUUAUGUGCAGAAAGUGUCGAACAUAGGAAAGUUCGAGCAGCUCAUGGACGAGAUGUUCUCCUACUACAAUACAAACCAAAAAGUUCCCGAUCAGUUAAUUUUGGGCGCACCCUGCAUUGUCAAAUGCGAUCAGGAAUGGUAUCGUGCGGAGAUUCUGCGUGUUGAUGACUCUGUGAUUGUACGGCACGUAGAUUUUGGUUAUGAACAGAAUGUGAAGCGGCACCUGAUCGGCCAUAUUGCUGAGAAGCAUUUGGAAAUGCCCCGCCAGGCAAUUAAGUGCUGCCUAAAAGGCUUCGAGAACAGCGAACUUAGCGAAGACAAGAUAACCGACCAGUUUGAAAUGUUAGCUGAGGAGUCCAAUAUCCGAAGGCGCACAUUCAGUGUGCGUAUCUUUCGUAUAGAACCCGAUGGUCUGAACGUAGUGAACCUUUUGGCAAAGAACCUGAACGUAAUGAAGAAGCUUUACAAGCUUUCUAUGCCUUUUGAACAGUACCUGUCCCUGGAAAAGGGUCAGUUUAAUGCAAACACUACCCGCGCUGAGUCUGUGAUUUCUUCUGAGUUGGAUAAGAGCUUAAUUUUGAACUCUACAAGCAUUGUUGAGAGCGAGAAUCGUUUGCAAGUACAGGAAAAACAGCAGCAACACAAAAAGGAAGAGGUUAAGCAGCAGCAUCUAGCAGUUGAAAUUCCGCAACCAGUAAAGACCGUAGGCGGAAACAAGAGCUCCGCAGACUGGGACAAACGAAGCUCCACCUCGGCUGGCUCAAAGGAUAGUAAGCGCCACCAGCAGCAACAAAAUCAGCGAUCCGAUCGCCAUUUAGACUCCAGCUUUGAGACGCAGAGUAUCGGUAGUUACAACAGUGGCAUGAGUUCGCCGCGCAAGGGUAACCGACAACAGAACGUUCGUACACCGAUUCAAUCACCACGGCAUAAUGGAAAGCAGGAAGCGAAAAAAAAUGCGCGCUUUAACAACAACGAGUCACCCCGCAGGACUCAAGAUGGCCAGCAGGGGAACCAACGCUCCCAGAACGCACCACAGGGCUAUGCUCAAAAACCACAGCGUCAAAAAUCCACGUUGGACGGAACUAUCAGCUCAAAGCGUUCCAGCGGAGUGGAGAGUGAUAUUGCCUCUUCCUCCUCCGAACCAGUAACGGCCAGUAAGCCGGAGAAGUAUGUCUCCUUAGAGAAACCGUAUGUGCUGCAGGAGAUGAAAACACCAAGUAAGGAGGCAGCCAGUCUGUCUUGGUGGGUCUCGCCAUUCCAGUUCUACGUCGUGCCAAGUCUGUCUCCGCAAAGUAUGAUAAUGUCCUGCGUGAUAUGCGACAGUUCUACCGCCAGAAGCAACACCAGCCACUUCAAUUAAAGGUUGGAUCCACCGUAGUUGUGCGUCAGCGAAAGGACAACGCACCAGAAAAUAUAUCACGGCGAUGUGUACCUUCAAAACGGGACAUAAUAAGAAAUACAAAUAAAUGAUUUUUUUUUAGUUUUAAGAAAAUAUAUAUCCUAUACAUAGCCUUGCAAUCCCAGGCGUAACUUGCUUGGAGCCAAAGAA